AUGCAGAGAAACCAGUCAGAAAUCACAGAGUUCAUCUUUCUAGGAUUUGGAAAACUUCAUGAACUGCAGCUCUUCCUAUUCUCGGUGUUUCUAGUGCUCUAUGUGUCAACCAUGGCUGCCAACAUUCUCACCAUUCUUCUCAUAAUAACUGAGCAGCACCUUCACACACCCAUGUACUUCUUCCUGGGAAAUUUGUCUUGCUUGGAGAUGUUCUACAGUUCAACCAUCCAACCCAAGAUGCUGGCUAGUCUCUUCACAAAAGAUGAAGCCAUUUCUUUAACAGCGUGCCUCACCCAGCUAUAUUUCUGCGGUUCCCUAGCGGGUACAGAAUGUUAUCUCCUCUCAGUAAUGUCAUAUGACCGAUAUUUAGCCAUCUGUAAACCCCUGCACUAUGCAACAAGAAUGAGUUCACAAAUGUGUGUCCAGCUAGCGGCAUGCUCAUGGAUCAAUGGGUUUGUUUUUUCCUUCCUUAUGUUGGGUGUCAUGUUACAAUUGACGUACUGUGGCCCCAAUGAAAUUGAUGAUUACUAUUGUGAUAGUUUAGCCCUUACGAAACUAGCCUGUAGUGACCGCAGCCUGGCAGAAGUCGUGACUCUCUUCCUGGCAUCUGCAUUCAGCUUGCCCCCCUUUCUCCUUACUAUAACUUCCUACAUAUUAAUUAUAACUACUGUCUUUAGAAUUCCUUCAACAACUGGAAGGAAAAAAGCCUUUUCCACGUGCUCCUCUCACCUUAUUGUUGUUAGCACUUUCUAUGGGGCUAUAAUGAUUGUGUACAUGUUACCCAAGACUGACAAACUGAGUGAUCUCAACAAGGUUUUGUCUCUCUCAUAUACGGUGCUGCCCCCCUUUGCAAAUCCCCUUAUAUAUACCUUGAGAAAUAAGGAGGUUAAAGAAGCCUUGGGGAAAAUGCUUAGAAGGGUUCUCCUUUCCUGA